GUAUAAAUUCGGCGUCAUGAGAACGGAGAGGGUACCUCUACUUCCCGGGGUGCGCUGCCGAGAUGAAGCUGCUCCUGAGUUUGUGUGUUGUACUGGCGGUGCUUUGGUCUGCUGUCCAGGGUAAUGGACACAGUGGACGGCAACCCCACCCUCGUCCCUCCGGGCAUGACCGCUCACACGGCCAUGGGCGCGGGCAUCACCACGGAAAGGGUCACUGGCGUGAGCACGGGCAGGAACACGAAGGGCACCAUUUCAAUGGCAGCUUGAAGAUCUACCGAGAAAACAUUGAUUUCGCUUUCCGCCUCUACAAACACAUCUCUGCCCUACCCGACUCGCAAUCCAAGAACGUCUUCUUCUCUCCGCUCAGCGUGUCCGUUGCCCUGGCGGCGCUGUCAGUGGGGGCGAGAGGCAAGACGCACCAGGAGCUCUUUGAAGGUCUCGGCUUCAACGGGACGGACGUCACUGCGGAGGAGGUUAACGAGGCCUUCCAGCACAUCUUCCAAGACCUCAACAAGAAAACAGACGUGGACCUUUCACUAGGCAGUGCAGCUUUCAUCUCCGACAAAGCCAAGGUCAACGAUGAGUUUCUGAAGAGUAUAAAGCGCUAUUAUCAGGCAGACAGUUUCCAAACUGACUUCCAGGAUACUGACGGUGCUAAGAACCAGAUAAAUGAUUAUGUUAAAAACAAGACCAAGGGCAAAAUCCCAGAGUUAAUCGACAGUAUGGAGCAAGGUGUAUUUAUGUAUCUUCUCAGCUACAUAUAUUUUAAAGGUGAAUGGGAGAUUCCUUUUGAUCCCGAUAGCACACAGGAAGACACAUUUCACAUUGAUGAUAAAACAACUGUUCCUGUCCAGAUGAUGGCUGAACAGAAUUUUUUUCAUGUUUAUCAUGACAAAGAGAUAUCCACUCAUGUCCUCCAGAUGCAUUACAAUGAAUCUGUCUCAAUGAUGUUGGUCCUGCCUGAGAAAGGCUUGAAGGAGUUAGAGAAGGUUGCUUGCAAAGACCAUUUGAGAAAGUGGAUUAGAUCAGUGGAGAAGAAAAAAUACAAGGUGUUUGUUCCAAAACUGUCCAUCAAAACCAAAUAUCAACUCAAGGAAAUCCUGAUUGAAAUGGGGAUCACAGACAUAUUCAAGGCAACGGCAGACCUUAAAGGAAUAGCAGAUGAACAGCUGGUGGUGUCAAAGGUUGCUCAUAUGGCCACCCUAGAUGUGGACGAGGCCGGAACCGAAGCAGCGGCGGCCACAGCGGUGGAAAUCAUGCUGACGUCAGCCCUCAUGCCUCACCCCACACCCGUCUUAAAAUUUGAUCGUCCUUUCAUGGUUUUUGUAGUUAAUCGUGAGACCAGGAGCAUACUGUUCAUGGGGAAAAUAGUCAAUCCAGCAGAAAAAUAGAAUACAUUUUUAUGAACAUGCAAGAGCUAUAUCAACAUGGCUGUU